AUGAAGGAAGAAUCGAUAGAGUUCGAUCCCUCCACAACCGACAAGCGAGACUUCUAUGCCAAUUUUCUAUCCCAAUAUAAGCCUCCCAUAGAAGCAUCUCGUCACUUUGCUUCUAUCCCGUGGACAAACGAGUGGUUGACCAGUCCGGCAUACGACGUUAUCCCAUUCUGGUCGAGGCAUGCAAAAUCCAGUGGGGAAGAUUACUUCUUCGCCAAUACGAUCAAUACGACCAAGACAGUUCCACAUAUGGUCACCCUUCAGCUGAAGGAUUUCAUCACUCCAGAACCAAGUGACGGAGCAUCCGCUACUGGUGCUCCUCGACCAAGCGUCGCCACGGAUAGUACUACUGUCACCCGUCGAGCGCCAGAAAUAGUCUUUCUCCUCCAACUGGGCGAAAGAGGCAUUGACGGCCAUCCAGGUGUUAUUCACGAGGGCAUUACAUGCGCACUUCUCGACGAGACCAUGAGCGUAUUGGUUUCACAACACUUAAGCAACGCUGCCCCUAGACCCAAGGGUCAGAUUUUCACGGCUAACCUAAGUACAAAUUUUCGUGCGCCGGUAGAAACUCCAGCGACCGUGAUUAUCAAGUGCUGGCUCAUCAGAAGGGACACAAGGAAGUGGUUGACCAAGGGCCAGAUUGAGGAUUCGAAUGGUCGAGUCCUCGCUGAGGCCAACGCCAUAUGGGUGGUUACGCAGAAGAGCAAGAUGUGA